GCAAGCAUGAAUGCUGAAGAUGGUAGUGUAAUUUCUUGAUCGCCAGAAGAUAUAUUUGCUAGUUUUAUAACAGUAAAAGAUACAUACAGAACUUACAUUAGACCCAGUUGUUUCUGGAGUCUGUUAUGUUUUUUUCCACAUGGUUUUCAUUUAGCAAAAGUAAACAGUCUUGUUUUACACAGCACAGAUAGUGUGAUGAGGCCCCAUAUGCCAACAGUCCGGCCCUAGGGAUCUUCUGUCAUCUCCCCAGGCACAAUUUCUCCUAAUGUGAUGUCAACUGCCCUAUAUAGCACUUAUAAAAGGUAGCAUUGAAACAUGAUAAGUGCACCUCCAGUAAAUUGCAUUUCCAUUUUAAUAUACAGUAGGAAGAAUGAAAUUCUCAAAGGGGUCGGUAAUCUGCAAAUAUGUCCUGAAAUAUACUAAUACUAAAAUGGCAUUUCACUCUUUAUUGUCGGAAUGCACAUAGUGUGUUACAUUCCACGGUCAUCUGCUCUUCGGAUCCUGACACUAGAUGGCGAUGUAUCAAACGCAACUCAACGCAACACGAGAAGAAGGACACUGAACCAACAUGGCCUCGUGCAGCAGAGCUCAAGUGAUCUCUCUCUACAGGAUGCUUAUGAAAGAGAGUAAACAAUUCCCCUCAUAUAAUUACAGAACAUACGCACUUCGCAGAGUGAAAGAUGGCUUCAGGGAGAACCUUCAUGUUGACAACCCCAAAACCCUGGAUGUGCUCCUAAAUCAAGCUCGAGAGAAUCUGGCGCUCAUCAAGAGACAGGUUUCCAUUGGCCAUCUGUAUUCUGCCCAGAAGACCAUUGUUGAAAAAGAGCCUCAUUUAUAAGUGUCUUCAGAAUCAAAAUGUCUGGUUUGUUAAUGACAAAUCUGUUUAUCCUGGGAGCUGCAACACCAGUGGACUAUGUUUAUAAAAUUGUAUAUUAGCGUAUACUGUAAAUGUAUGUUUGUUCUAUGUUUUAGCAAAUAAAUGAGAUGCAUAUGAUGAA